UAGAGACAGCAGCUAAAGAGGGUGCAGAGGACAGCAGCUUGCUCCAGUGAUAGAGACACAGAAGAGCUCUGCUCUCUGGCCACACCUGCACCUGCAAGCAGUCUUACUAGUAAGGAAAGGGAAGAGACCUCUGUCCCCAGGUGCGUGCCAGCAUCUCACAUGCAUCCUUCUGACAACAUCACCAUCGACAAAUGGCAGUGACACACACACACAGGUCUCUGACACCACCUGCAUCCAACUUAUGGCGCUCUGCGCCCAGAUGACAUGCAUGGGAAUGCAAUGCAGCUCAUGUCUCCUCCGCAUGCUUCAUGCAUCCACCGUUGCAACCCCAAUAUGAAAGACUCGGCCUGCGGGAACAAUCUCUUGAAGCUCCUGUUAGGUUUCCUGUGAUCAUGAGUGGCAUGAGCAGUAGUUACCCCUUCACUCCAUCUCAAUGGCAGGAGCUGGAGCAGCAGAGACUCUUCUACAGAUACAUGGUCUCGGGCAUCCCCAACCCUUGGGAUCUCAGCCUUCGGAUCAGGAGGAGCUUCUUGUUGGAACCCACCACCAUGAUCUCACCAACAGUAGCCUACCCUCCCCACCUUCACUUGUGUUGGGGCAGAGUUCGACUGGGCGUUGGCAGGGAAGGAGAGGAUACAGAACCAGGGAGGUGCAGAAGAACAGAUGGGAAGAAGUGGAGGUGCUCUAAGGAGGCCUUCCCAGGCUCCAAGUACUGUGAGAAGCACAUGCACAGAGGCAAGAACCGCUCAAGAAAGCCUGUCGAAAUGUCUUUGGCCGACAACCUCUCCACCACUGCCCAGCCGCCUUCCUCCUUCUCCUCCACCACCACCAAAUCCUCCACCUCCAAUACCCCCUGUCAUCACCAUCCUUAUCAUCUCCCUGUCCCAGCACCAGAAGUUUUCAGUUUCCUGACGUGUCCCUCUUCAAAAUCUCAGCAUAACACACCAACCUACAACUCAGCUGACAAUGCCUACAGGUACCAGCACGGAAUGAAGAGCGUUGAUGAACACUUCUCAGAAGCUGCAGGAGGUGAAAGGAAGAAUUCUUCGCGAUUUAGGCCGCUGGGAAUGAAUUCUUUGGUUGGAAAAGGACACAUGGCCUUCGUUCCUCAGCAAAGCACUUCCUCCCACUCCAGAAUAGAUCUUUCAAGGGAAGAAAAACCACAACAUUGCUUCGUUUUGGGUACUGACCUCAAGCUGGAGAAACCUGCAACAGUGGAGGCCAAACAGAAGCCCCUUCUCCAUUUCUUGGAUGAGCGGCCUACGACGAGCAACACCUUGUGCUUGGAUUCCAAGGCAGAUCAUUCCAAGACCCAGCUUUCCAUCUCCAUCCCAGUGGCCUAUCAUGACUUCCCGGCCUUCAAAUCUGGAUUCAACAGAGAAUGGACCUGAUAGCCCCUCGUCCUGCAAGUUGGGUAUCUCAAGAGCUCAUCAAAGCACCAUGUUUCUUGUGUUCUGAUCACUGUUUCGUGUUUGAUCCAUAAAUAUUAAUUACUACGGCGUCUUUGGUUUGUCUACAAUGUAUCCUUAGAACAGCUUCUUCAACUAUAUGAAGAACCAAAGAGGCAGCCGACUGAGAACGCUAUAGAACUUCAUCUGUCACUUUCAAGCUUGCAUAAACUGUAAUCACUAUGAACUCCGGUUGGAACUAAUUCGCAGGUACUCAUUUUGGAGUCAAUAAACCCUUCUGUCCAUGCAUUUCUGAAUAGGCUACCAACAUGGGAUGGGAUCUAUUUUG